UCGGCCUUCACGCAAGUGUUCAAAAUUGGGGCGGAAAACCCAUUACGCCGGAGUAUGAUCAAGUUCAGGUUCAGGGCGAUCUGCCGGUCGGUGACGGGCUGCUAUAAAGCGGCGGCUCCCUCCCCGCCGUUCAGUCGGCAUCGACGCUCACUCGUGCUGUUCCCGGGCGACGCGCAGUCCCUCUCGGUAAACCCCCGCGACCGGCCAGCUCGGCGGCGACAGUGUGCGACACUCGACACCCGCCGUGUGCGACACCGGACACCUACAGCUCGACACCAGGCGCCCUCGACUCUGGCCGCCGUCAGACGCUGCAGCAUGCCGGACUUCACUCAGAUUGCACUCGUGCUUCUGGCCGCCCUGUCGGUGGCCGGCGCCGAGCGGCUAGAGGACGCCGUCCAGGGCGUCCCCGGACAGGACUACCCGAUCUUCGCCGAGGUGCCCGACACCGGCUUCAGCUGCGACGGCAGGAUCAACGGCGGAUACUACUCGGACCCGGCCGCCCAGUGUCAGGCAUUCCACGUGUGCAGCAACAACAUCCGCUACUCGUUCCUGUGUCCGAACGGCACGCUGUUCAGCCAGCUGUACUUUGUGUGCGACUGGUGGUACAACUUCGACUGCGGCACGGCCGAGCAGCUGUACGUGCUCAACGAACAGCUGUUCACCGACCAAGAGUUCGACGGCAGCCAGCUGGCCGCCAGUCUGGGUAUCGUGGUCGGCGGGCCGCCGCAGGCCGCCGGCGGCACCGUGGUGGCCUCCGGCGUGCGCGGCGUCUCGUCCAGCGCCGGCGGCACCGUCAUCAACGGCAACGGCUUCGGAAACUCGCAGACCACCGUCUUCGGAGGAAACGGCAACGGCAACGGCGGCUUCAUCAACGGAAACGGGAACGGAGGGUUCAUCAACGGUAACGGCAACGGUAACGGGUUCAACGGCAACGGCGUGCACACGGGCUACGGUGCGCCGGGAAACGGGAAGAAAUGAGGGGACCGUAGGAGUGGUGGUGUGGCGGCAGGUCUUUCAGCACAGUAGUGGGCGCGGGGGCAGCUUCUGGUAGCAGCUGGCUCUGGGUUGUGUAAUUGUAGUGCUCGAUGCGAGAAAUCAUGUGGAAACCCUCACAAAAUCACUUCAGCCGCUUUUGCUCGUUAGGCAGGCGGCUGUUAAGCGUUUAGUGUCUAGUGUUCAACUGAGCUGAAGUUCAGCGCCCCUGGAACUGCAAUAAAUGAGUUGUAGCUCACAACCACU